AUGACGGAGGAGACGCACCCUCACAAAUAUCGCCGUGAUUUCUGUGAGCCGUGGCCGACACGGGCACAUAUUUGGGAGAAUUUUAUUUUUGAGGAUACGAUGACUACCGUAGAGGAUUGGUUACAAGGGCUGGGUCUUGUUCCGAUCUCCUCCGAUUGCCCGUCUGCCAUCUAUUUCCGGGAUGCCUACGAGAAAUAUGUCGCCGAGGAAUUUGGGGCUGAGAUCGAAACAUGCUUCCUCGAAUGGCCCAACCCGGAAAGAGAGGUACUGCUACUAUUCCGGAUGCACGAUUGUGAUAGGCGAUAUGGACAAAAGAAUAACAUUCAUCACACGAUCACCCUCAUGGUCAACCCCAACGAAUCAAAUCUACCUCGC